AUGGGGCCCCUCUCAGCGCCUCGCUGCACACUGCACAUCACCUGGAAGGAGCUCCUGCUCACAGCAUCACUUUUAAUCUUCUGGAACUCGCCCACCACUGCCCAAGUCACAAUUGAAGCUCAGCCAACCAAUAUUUCCGAGGGGAAUGAUGUUCUUCUACUUGUACACAAUUUACCCAAGAAUCCUGCUGCCUACAUCUGGUACAAAGGGCAAAUAAUGGACCUCCAACAUUACAUUACAGCAUAUACAAUAUACACUGAAAGAAUUAUAUUUGGGCCUGCAUACAGUGGACGAGAAACAGUAUAUUCCAAUGCAUCCCUGCUGAUCCAGAGUGUGAACCAGAAGGACGCAGGAUCCUACACCGUAAAAAUCAUAAAGCGAGGUUACAGGACUGAAGGAGUAACUGGACAUUUCACCUUAUAUGGUGAGUGAUUCCACAUGAUCCCUGGGUGUUGGGGGGUGGGGGUCACUUCUACUUUGCACACACAGGAUGGUCAGGCCUGGACUGUGCCUGUGUCCCUCUCUGCAUUAUGUCCCAUGUUUGGGUUUUGGCAUUUAGUGCAGGACACACACAGAGGAGACAAAUUACAACAGAUCAGAAUUCCUUUCCUGCCUCCAGAACCUCUAGACACUUGCUGCACA